ACAGUGUUUACUAGGCCUCCACCCGUCUCCCUGAGCCCUGCCCCCAGCUUCGUAAAGCUUCCUGGAAAUGUCCUCGUUAUCACUUCCCCUCUCGGGCUGGGGGCUGGGAGCGGGCGGUCCCCCCGCCCCCGGCUCCCGCUGUUCCGCCGGAGCGCUCGCUCGCAGGCGCCGCCGCGCCACAGUCCUCCGUGAGUGGCGCCCGGGCUCGCAGGUCCCUGCCGCGCCGCGCCACCGUCCGGGUCCCCGCCCGCGCCUCCGCCCGCGCCUCCGCCCGCUUCGCAAUGAGGGUCCUGCGUGGGUGCUGCGGGGCGCUGCUGGCGUGCCUAGUCCUAGUGCUCCCCGUCUCCGAGGCAAACUUUUUGUCAAAGCAGGACGCUUCACAAGUUCUGGUUAGGAAACGCCGUGCAAAUUCUAUGUUUGAAGAAACCAAAAAGGGUAAUCUUGAAAGAGAAUGCAUUGAAGAAUUAUGCAAUAAGGAAGAAGCCAGGGAGAUCUUUGAAAAUGACCCUGAAACGGAUUAUUUUUAUCCAAAAUAUUUAGGUUGUCUUGGCUCUUUCCGAGCCGGGUUGUUCACUGCUGCACGUCAGUCCACUGAGGCUCACCCUGAUCUGCGGAGCUGUGUCACUGCCAUUCCAGACCAAUGUAGUCCCCUGCCAUGCAAUGAGGAUGGGUACAAAAGCUGCACAGAUGGUCAAGCUACAUUCACUUGCAUCUGUAAACCAGGUUGGCAAGGAGACAAGUGUGAAUAUGAUAUAAAUGAAUGCAAAGAUCCCUCAAAUGUAAAUGGAGGUUGCAACCAGAUAUGUGAUAAUACACCUGGAAGUUACCACUGUUCCUGUAAAAGUGGGUUUUUUAUGCUCUUAAAUAAGAAGGACUGCAAAGAUGUGGAUGAAUGUUCUGUAAUGCCAUACAUUUGUGGCACAGCUGUGUGUAAGAACAUCCCAGGAGACUUUGAAUGUGAAUGUGCUGAAGGCUACAGAUACAAUCCCGUACUAAAGGCUUGCGAAGAUGUGGACGAAUGCUCUGAGAACAUAUGUGCUCAACUUUGUGUCAACUACCCUGGAGGUUACUCUUGUUAUUGUGAUGGGAAAAAAGGAUUCAAACUUGCCCAAGAUCACAAGAGCUGUGAGGCUGUUCCAGUGUGCCUUCCUUUGAACCUUGACAAAAAUUAUGAAUUACUUUACUUGGCAGAGCAAUUUGUAGGCGUGGCUUUAUAUUUAAAAUUUCGUUUGCCGGAAAUCACCAGAUUUUCAGCCAAUUUUGAUUUGCGGACCUAUGAUUCAGAAGGUGUUAUCCUGUACGCAGAAUCUCUUGACCACUCAGCUUGGUUCCUGAUUGCACUUCGUGAUGGAAAGAUUGAAAUUCAGUUUAAGAAUGAAUUUACAACCAAAAUCACAUCUGGAGGCAAAGUUAUUAAUAAUGGUCAUUGGAAUGCGGUCUCUGUGGAAGAACUAGAACACAGUAUUAGUGUAAAAAUAGCUAAAGAAGCUGUAAUGAAUAUAAAUAAACCCGAAAGCCUUUUUAAGCUUACAAGUGGAUUUCUAGAAACUAAAGUAUAUUUUGCAGGAUUACCUCGGAAAGCGGAGAAUACCCUCGUUAGACCGAUUAACCCUCGUCUAGAUGGAUGUAUACGAAGCUGGAAUUUGAUGGGUCAGGGAGCUUCGGGAAUAAAGGAAAUCAUUCAAGAAAAACAAAAUAAGCAUUGUCUUGUCACUGUGGAGAAGGGUUCCUACUAUCCUGGUUCUGGAGUUGCUCAGUUUAGCAUAGAAUACAGUUAUCUGUCCAAUGUUGAGGACUGGCAAGUAAAUGUGUCCUUGAGCAUUCGCCCCUCCACGGGUACUGGUGUUAUGUUCGCCUUGGUUUCUGGCAGCACCGUGCCCUUCGCCUUGUCCUUGGUAGACUCUGCCUCUGAAAAGCUUCAGGAUAUCCUGGUAUCCGUUGAAAAUACGGUGAUGUACCGGAUGGAGGCCGUAAGUCUGUGUUCCAAUCAACCAUUCCAUCUGGAAUUGAGAGUCAACAGAAGCAAUCUGGAGCUGUUCACUCCGCUUAAAAAAGACACUGUCUCCUCUGAAAACCUUCAAAGACAAUUGGCCAUUUUGGAUGAAGCAAUGAAAGGGACAGUGACCACUUACCUGGGUGGUCUUCCAGAUAUUCCAUUCAAUGCCACACCAGUGAAUGCCUUUUAUAAUGGCUGUAUGGAAGUGAACAUUAAUGGUGUCCAGUUGGAUCUGGAUGAAGCCGUUUCUAAGCAUAAUGAUAUUAGAGCUCACUCAUGUCCAACAGUUUCAAACAACACGAAGAAUUCUUAAGGCUUCUUUCCUGUGCUGAUAAUAUAUUUUUCCUGUGUGUAAUUAUACUUAUGUUUCAAUAAUAGCUGAAGGGCUUUACCUGUAAUGUUCAGACCUUGAUUAUUUUAUGGUACUUUGACUUUCCUGGAAUUUUAAAAAAGGUCCUUUUUCCAGAAGAACAAGAUCCUCUGAUGGUACAAAUCACAUUUAAGAAUUCUUACCUCUAUUGCUGCCUAGAAAUUAAAUAAUGAAUUACAUAAACAUUUCUAAUUUGAAUUUUUUGCACAAAUGACAUUUCCUCAUUUUUAUGUUUGUCAAAGUAAAAUUUAAUUUUAUCACCAUGAGCUAGUGCUGAAAUAAAUAUCUGUGUUUUUUGGAAGGCAAGCAAGUAAACUCAAAAGUGCAUGUGACUAAAUACUAUUGAUCAUAGCAGAUACUCUUUUUAUUUAUUUUUGUUUUUCCCUAAUGAGGGCAGAAGGAGAGACAGUGGCCUAUUAAGAAAGAAUUGAGUGGAAAGCUUUAAAGCUUUACCCCCAAAACAGUUCUUCAGGGGGAUUUUCACUUAGCUUUGCAUUUGAACCAGUAGCUUUCUUGAAUUACAAAACAAGUGGGACAUAUUUUCAUGGAAACAAAUGAAUCUUGCUGGUUAGUAAUUGGAUUUUAUGAGGAUGAGAUACUAGAUUGUGCUGGAAUGGGUGUAGAAACAUGGGAUGGGGACGGUCCUUAAGUUUGGCUGUGGGUUACUCAAGCUCGAGAUUAGAAAAGGCAGAAUCCAAGAUGGAAAGAACAAAUGAUAGAAUGAAUAACAUGGAAUUGCAUAGUAUUCCUUGAGUCCAACUUUAAGUACUAGACCAAAUUGCCAGAUGUGAUUGUUGAAGGACAAAAAGAACUCUGAAAGCUAGAACAGGUAUAACGAAAGGAUAACCACAGAGGGACAUAGUUAAUAUUGUUUCUUUGGAGUAAGGAGGUUAAGGGUGCCACGUACUUGUUGGUAAUGCCUUCCAAGUGGCAGUUUUAUCACUGCCAGACCUACCAGUCACGUUAGGUAUGGCUCAGGUGUUUCAUUAGUAGUUUUAGAAAAUAAACUUUUUUUCUACUAUAGAUAUUUUAUGUCAUGUAAAACAAUAAACUGGAGUGUAAUGCAAACA